AUGGGCUAUGGAGGCGGUGCAAGUGGUGUUUUUGCAGGCUCCGGACCGCUGCUUCUGCAGGCUGGUGGUGCGGGUUUCUUCGGUCUCAUCAAUCCUUGGCUAGCGGGCAUUCUUGUCUGUCUCCUGCCCCUCAUCUCUGCCCUCAUUUGGGCCUGUUGGCGCUGCAAACCCGGUUGCUGUCCCUGCUGCGUUGGUGGUGCAGGGGGCAAGGCGGCUGGCGGUAAGUUCCACGACACCAUGGACCGCAUUUCUGCUGGACUUUGGGCGGCUCCACCAGCUGACAAAGACCUCCUCGUUGCAAAAUUGCUUGUCAUGGUCUCGACGCACGAUAUUUCAAACAAUGAGGGGUGGACUGAAGAUCUAAGAGUGAAUUUUGCCUCGCAAAGUCAUCUACUCCCUAUUGAUGCGGAGCGUUGGAUGCUGACAAGUUCUUGA